CUCAAGUGACAUCAACGAUUGCAAUGAACGAAACGAAAAACUGUCAGAAAAAUAUGAUGCCGCUAAGGGAACCCAGAAAAAAGCGAAGGGUUCGACUUCGGCCACGUAAACCAUUCCCAAUUAAUAUAGGUUCUGAUAAUGAAUGGAUCGUUUAUACCGGCCACCUCGGUAACCUGGGUGUCUGUGUCACAGAACUCUACGAUAUCGAAGCUCUACAUUCCAUGGGGUUUUUUGGGAAAGGAUCUUUAUCGCGAAGUUAUCCAAACUUUGAGAGGACUAGACGGCCAGUUGUGAGACACAGACAAUGGGCUAGACGACAAGCAUGGCUUGAACAAGCGGAAAAUCUAGCGGCAGAAGCUCUGGCAAAAUCUAUGGAAGAGGAAUCGUGGAAAAAUGUUGCAGUUAUCGACUCGUCAAAAGAAAUGGAUCGCAAUAAAAAAACUUGUGUGUCAGAAGUUGAGGAGGCAAGAGCAGAUGGACAGGCAUCGGAAAAUGCUGGGAAUAUUGUAAAAGAUGUUAGUGUACAUGAUUCAGAUGAGAGCGUAGAACCUGCAGAAAAAAAACUCAGACUUUCAACUCAAGAAGAUAUCAGAUCUUCUGAAGAAGGCGCAGAUUGCACAAAUGAAAAAAUGGAUGGCAAAUGUGAGAAAAAUCAAGUUGAUGAUAUGGUGUCAGUUACAGAAAUUAAGAACAACGAUUCAAGUUCUAGUCUAUCUAAGAAUAUUGAAGUGCAAGACUCCCAUGAAACUGGUGGUGAAUUAACAUCUGUACCUGCGAAAGUAGAUGAAGUCGUUCUUGACACCAGUGAAGAGGAAGAUGAAGUAUGUGAAAUUUCACAUGUCGAGACUUCAGAACCCAUGACACAAAAUGUCUCUGGUGAUGCAGAUAUUAUGGUCUUAAGUGAUGAGAAAAUAUCAAUAAGUUUAGACGAAGAAAAUUGUUGUGAAAUCGAAAAUGAAACAAAUGUUGAAGACGACAUCGAAAUGUUAGAGAGAGAAUUGUUAGUUUUACCCGACAGUGACUCUGAUACUGAAAAUUAUUUGAAUAACGUGAAACCAACAGUUCAGAAGGAAGGUUUUCCCGUUAGAGAAGUAAUGUAUCUCACAUUUGAGGAAACGUUUUUUCUAAUGUUCGGAUUGGGCUGCCUACAAGUUGUCGACUUUGAUGGUAAUUUGUUGAGUAUUUUGGAUGCAUGGAAUCACUUCUGCCAUGUACAAAGUGAUUUUGUACAAAAAUAUGUUGUAUACCAUUACUUUCGCAGCAAGGGCUGGGUGGUUAAACCUGGCUUGAAGUAUGGCGGCGAUUUUUUGCUGUACAAACAAGGGCCUCCAUUUUAUCAUGCAUCGUAUAUCGUGAUUGUGGAAGUGUUAGAUGCAGAUACCUUGAUCACAGAUGACAAGAAAACAACACGUAAAAUGACCUGGAAAAAAUUAUUUGGCCUUGAUAGAUUAUCUGAAACUGCUGCCAAGGAAAUAUUAUUCGCUAAAGUCCUUUGGCCAUCAAAAAUUCCAAGAAGUGAACACCCUUCCACCCCAGAACUUUUGGGCGAAUUUAUGGUGCAAGAAUUACUUUAUAGAAGAUGGAUUCCAAAACAAAAUAGAGAGGAAAUUGAUUUAGAAGAUGACAAAGAUGAUUUGGAGUAA